AUGGCGCUGCGCUCCCCGCUCCCGAGUGUCAAUAAUAACACCAGUGACCCGCUAGUAGACGUGAAAUGUGACAAAUGUUGUGUUGUGAUCAAUGAACUUUUAGCCCUUAUAAACAAUAAGGUAGAAACAUUGCCCGAAACUUCCAUACUACAAAUAUGUUUGAGUAGUUAUUCCUUAGAAGAGAUCGAAACAGCUAGGGCAGUAGCGUACAAAUUACUGGCUCCUAACAAAAGGAUUAUGCGGAGAAAGGAAGGUGCUGAGUAG